AUGCUCGGUCGUUCCGUGUCUCUUGCUACCGUUCUGCUUACCCUGAGCGGCAGCUUCGCGAACGCUCAUGGGUCUCACUCGAGUGAGCAGAAUCCUUCUUCGGAUUGGGCUACUCAGCACAUGCAAGAGGAGCACCACAUUGAUUCCUUUGAUCCUGCAUCCUUCUUUACUUUCCACGAUUAUGAUAACUCAGGGACAUGGACAGCCGAUGAGGUACGGAAGACAUAUGGCCUCGAUGAUGAGUCAAAUGCAGGUGUUAGCGAAGAGCGCAAGCAACAGGCUGUCCGGGAAGUCUUUGGGCUUUUCGACCCUGGGAACACUGGAUUCGUCACUCGAGAUAACUGGAUGCGUCUAAUUUCGGAAGGCAAGCGUCUACCUGAUUUCGGAUUUGGACCUGGCCACCAUGGCGACAUCGAAUAUGAGUAUGAAAUUCAUCAUUUCGAGAAGUAUCAUGGAGACGAUGCCAAGGAGGAAGACCUCACUCAUCCAGAGGAUAUUGAGCAUUUCCGGAGGCAUGACGAGGAAGACGACGCUGCCUAUCGACUUGAACAGCUUGAGAGGAUGCAGAUCGUGGAAAAGAACAUACCACAGAAGUUCCUGAAACGAGUUUAG